AUGGGACCAAUUGGAAGUAAACAUACUAAGCAAAAAAAACAUUCUGACGGAACUUCAGAGCAACAGAAAAAAUCACUCUUAUCAAGAUUACGAAAACGUAUCUUUCAAAGACCUAUUAGUUCGUGGAAGCAUAACAGAAACCAACCAUCAACAAAAAGAAUCAAGCGACAGUCAAACAAAAUUUCAAGGACAAUCUCAAAAUCAUCAGAGCAGCCAAGAAAAGGUAGGGAUGUUGGAGUGCGAAAGAAUCAUAAGGAGACUGAAUCAUACAAAUCAACAAGAGCGCCAUCAGAAUCUCUUUCUUCUCUCAGCAACUCAGUGAUUCAUAAGAUGCCAGAUGCUGCGCGGCAAAAAUAUCGAAAGAAGCAGAAAGAAAGUGCAGCCCGAAGUACCAGUAAAACAUUACAAAGAUGGGCUAAAUUUCCCGGAUCGUCACCUUCUUCAUCAAGUCGACAAAGCAUUAGAAGUGUUCGAAAAAGGAUCAAAGCAUUCUUUAGCCGUCCUAUGAGUGAUGUCUCAAUACAAAAAUUUGUUGAAAAAAUUAAAAAAAGAAAUGAACUGCGGAAAGAAAGUACUUUCAAAAAGGAACUACCAGAAAUACCUUUGCGGAGUGCAGAUGAAAAAUUCCCAUUCAGACAUCGAGUUGAAAGGUACGAGACAGAAAUGAAGGAGGAAGGUGUUAAAAUUAAUUCACUCAAGAAACCAGUUUCAAGAGUGAUUAAUAAAGACAAUGAAGGAAAGCUGUUCGACGAGGAUGGUCUACCAUUUUGGAGUAAAUUUAGUAAAGUACAAAAGGAUAGUGAGCAUAGUGGAGAAGUAACGGAUGAUGAACUACCCAUGGAUUCGGAAGUAUUACUUGAAGUUCAAGCAGGGUUGCGUAAACUUGUUAAGAUGCCUAAAAUUAGAAUUGUAAUGGAUCCUUACGCACCUUUGGAUUAUUUAAAAUCGCGCGAUAAAAUUUUUUUUACUGCUGAGGUAAUCUUCAGCAAUACAGUUAGAUCAAUGGUUAAUUUAAACGACGAAAUAAGCAACGAAGAGAUAAUCUCUAAAAGAAGUCGGAAAUUAGGUCAGAUAUCUAUAGAAGAACCAAUUAAAAUAACGCGAUAUGAUGAAAAUAACCCUUUGAUAUAUGAACAAGUACCAAUAUAG